AACUCCCAACGCCUCUCUCUCUCUAUAGAAUAUCUCUCUCCUCUCUCCUCUCUCCUCUCUCCUCUCUCUCUAGAUUCUAGAGUGAAUGGUGGUGGUGGAAAAAGACGCCAGUGGGUACAGUGCGCACCAACAACCUCCACUGUCGAAGGAGAAAGAACAGCUUUAGCUCUGCUGUUCCUGCUCCCUCAUCUCUCUCUAUACCUCUCGCUUUCGUGGACUCUCCCUAAAUCCUACUCGUAUCAACCUUCAAAUUCAGAGUUCGAAACUUAUCAAUUAAGCCAAGCAAGUGUUGGCGAGCUACAAAUCAAGUUGGAUAAAUGCGAUGAAAAUUUUGGAUUUGAAUCGGUUGUCGUUAUGGAAAUGGAUCCACCGGCUCUGAAUCUGAUCAAGGACGGUUUGUUUCAAUCUGUGAAUGCGCCGUCGUACAAUAUGGCGGAGAUCUGGCCGUUUCCGAUUAACGGCGGCGCGAGUGUUGGCGAAUCCAGAGGCGGUUUGGAGUUGAGGAGCGUUCCGUUUGGGCAGAGCUUGGGUCGGUUUGCGGAUAAUGCGAGUGCGAAUCGAGAUGUUUCCGGUGAUGAUCCGAUGGUUUUGGACCAGAGAGGGGCUCGUAGUGGCGGCGCGAGGAAGAAGAGGCUUGAUAUGGCUUUGGAGGAUGAGUCGGCUAAGGUUGUCUCCACAAGCACUAGCAAUGGCAUGAAUGGUUGCGAUGGUAAGCGUCUUAAGACAUCUGGAUCCAGAGAUGAGAAUUCUGAUUUCAGAGCUGAAGAAGGAGCAAAUUCAGGCAAGCCACCGGAGCCACCAAAGCUAGAUUAUAUCCAUGUUCGGGCAAGAAGGGGUCAAGCCACCGAUAGUCACAGUCUAGCAGAAAGAGCUAGGAGAGAAAAGAUAGGCGAAAGGAUGAAAGUUCUCCAAGAUCUGGUCCCCGGUUGUAAUAAGGUCAUUGGCAAAGCACUUGUCUUAGAUGAGAUUAUUAAUUACAUCCAAUCACUACAGAGUCAGGUCGAGUUCUUGUCAAUGAAGAUUGAAGCGGUUAAUUCAAGAAUGAACCCUACCAUUGAAAGAUUUCCUUCAAAAGAUUUUUGUCAACAACCAUUUGACACAGCAACGGUGGCAUAUGGUUCACAAGCUCCAAGGGAUUACAGUAGGGGUUCAUCCCCAGAAUGGUUGCACAUGCAGAUUGGUGGUGGCUUUGAAAGAACAACAUAAUUUAUAUAAUCCCGAUAAAUUCCGACGAAGAAAAUAAAGAGGUCAUGUUUCUUCCUUCAGUUAUUACAACCAAGUAUAUUUGUAUACCCAUAAUGAAUCAGAAAGAGAGCUUUUAUCAUUUUCCACUCAGGCACGGAGCUCUGUUUUUGGUCUGUAAAACUUCCGAAAUUCAUAUCUCAACAUCUCCAGUUCUGAGUUAGAAAAUAAAUUUGUUAUAAUUUGUAGCAGGAUUCAUAUACUGUGUCUGAGUUAUGUCCACCUCGUGUAACAUUUGGUAUAUUCAGAAGCUAAAGGUUCGUUCGGCAAGCAUUUUAACUCUAUGUUUGGGAGUUGAUGAUGGUCGAAUGAAGUAUUAAUUUGCAAAAUGUUAUCUACAACGGUCUUUGAAAUUUUUUAAAA